AUGACACGUGGGCCUCGAGCAUUUUCUGUGCAAGCUACGAUAUACUCUCUCUCUAUCUCGCCCGCUCUCCCGCUCUCCCGCUCUCUCCUCUCUGCCUCAGGCGUACUUUCACUCUACUCUCCAUCCCAAUGCGAACGAGAGUUCAUGCUUGUUCCCGAUUUAGCGGCUAAGCGAAGGGGUGCGCACAGACGUGACAUGACGGCAUCGAUGCAACAUCCCGAUUGCGGACCAGCCACCGGAUAUUUGUGGGGAAGGGCGGCCAAUCAGACACGGGAUCACCAUGUCUCGCAGCUACCGCAUCUGGAGCUUACGUCCCGGCACGCAACCUUCCUGCUUUCACUCAACCUCACCCUCAACCUCACCUCACCUCACGUCGCGUCCAGUCUAUCUCUUUACCUUCAUCGUACACGCCCACCCCCAUUUCCCACUCUGUAUCCCCUACUCACUUAA